CAUAUGGGGAAAUAAACACACAGCCUCCUCACACUGUCACACAAAUCAAACGGAACUGUGAGAGUCAUGUCAACUAUUGACUGUAACUGAGUAAAGUCUCCUAUAUCACAACAGAGGAGUCUAGCUGAGCUAUCCUGUACUAUCCUGUACGCCAGAAGUGUGUGGACAAUAUCUACAGUAUGAUGCUGAUUAUCUAAGGAUCAGAGAAUAUAUAUUGGACAUGGAUUGGACCUUGUGGAUUUCCAUUCUUGCCCUCCUGAUCACCUCGGACUAUGUGUCAGGUAAAGACCUACUGAAGCCAGUCAAUCUGACGGUGGACAUAUGGGACGGGGAGGUGACGUUGCUCUGGGACUCCCCUGAAGGGGCCCCGCCACUGGCUCAGUACCAGGUGCAGAUGGCCAGGUAUGUCAAUAGUAAUUGGACCAACGUGACCAGCUGUGACAGGACCCAGCUGACAUAUUGUGACCUGUCCUACCUUAUCGGUGACUUCUUCAUGGUCUACAAGGUCCGGGUUCGACUGGUCACUGAGAACAGCAUCUCCGCAUGGUCACGGGGGAAGAGGUUCAACCCCAGAGAAAGUAAACUGCAGCAUCCCUCCAGUACACUGUUGGCCACCUCCAGUUCAGUAACAGUCCGUGUUCACAGGAAGCCAUUACUAAAAAAGAUCUUCCCAUUUGGCCUGACUUAUACUAUCUACCUACAGGGAAGAGGGCAGGACAACAAGACCGUUGUCAUUCAAUUGAAGGAUGUAGACAACGAGGAUAAGGCGGAGUUUCGGUUUACGUCUCUUCAUUGGGGACAGGAGUACUGUGUCUGCCUCAAAGUUGCAGGCAACGGAGGACAAUUCACCAGUGAGGUCUCCCCUAAACAGUGCCUCCUGCUGCCAGAGCGAGAGUGGUAUAUCCUUGCUGUGGUGUCCUUCUCCACCCUAAGCGUGAUGGGGGUCCUGGUCAUGCUGGCCCUUUGCUGCUUCCUGAGGCGCCCUGAGAAAAUGCCUGUUGCACUGAAAUCCACAGGCAGUGGCUGGCAGCCUCUCUGUGUGGGAGAUGUCCCAGUGGAGAUCAUCACAGACAAAGGCUGGUUCAUGAGCACCGCCAGAACUGAUGUCAUGGUCUGGUUGGCCGACGAAAGGACUACUCUAGCAGGCAAGGGAGAGCAGGAAGAAGGAGAGGACAGAAGGACGAGUCUGGGCAGUGGGGAUUGCACUAAAUCACACAUUUCUGGGAAUGGAAACGAAAGGAGUCCGGAAAAGCAAGAAGACAGUGGCUGUGGAAGCCUGGGAGCACCAGAGAGUGCCAUCAGCAGCAGGAGUGGAACUGGAGAGCCCCCCCUGCUGGAUAGGAGGAAUAACAUAAACAUCAGCCUGAAAGAGGACAGUGGGGUGGGGCUGGGCUGCCAGUUAGGGUGUGCUGGGAGUCUACAGGGGGACGACUGUGGAAUCUUGCCUGGGAUGGUAAUGGUCACAGGGGAUGGCUACCGGAGCCAGAGUCCCUCUUCGGUGGACUCUCAUUUUACUGAGACAGAGCAGAGUUUUCAACAAAUCUCAUGCGAAACAGUUAUGGCUGAUCCUGUUUUGAGAUACAGGUCAGGUCACAUGGCAUGUGUUUGUUUAGGGGCAAGACAAUGUGUUUGGUGCCAGACAAGAAGACACUGUGAGGGGAGUGUCGGUGGACAGUCUGUAGCCCUGUUUAGUUUGACAGAGGAGCAGCUAAACUGCAGCAGUCUCACAGGAGACAUGUGUGAGAUGGAAUCUCCGUGCUCCAGCUAUAAAACGAACAAUCUCCACAUAGAAACGGUGGUGAACUUGGAGGACUCAGUAACCUUUUCCCACCUGCCUACAUGCAUCGUUGAAUCCUUUCCACUUCUGACGGCUUUAUCAGAGUUGCCCCCGCCGGAGGGAGGACUGAACUGCAGCGUGAACACUAUGCUUCCUUCUCUGGGUGAUUUGGAAGUGACAUUUGGUUGACAUGGUCCACAAACGGAGGACACUGUGUGACACACAGAAGAGUUGGUUUAGCAAUGCAGAUUGUGGGGAGUCAUGCGAUAUGUCUACAAGCCCUUUGUAUGCCAUUUCAAGUAAACAGUCCUUUUCCUAACUGAAAAAAGAAAUCAGCAACCAUAAUUCUAUUUGUAGUUAUUUAAAUAUUUUCGGAGCCUUUUUUGUUACCUUUUGUGAAUAAAUUACCAUGUUUCUUCACUUUAGUUAACUCCGAGGAGUCACUUAAAGCAGUCACUGACAUUGUCAACUGUUGUUGA